CUUCCAUCUAGAGAACACAGAAGACAAACAAAGCGGCAACGACUUCCAUAUACAUUAAACUACCAAACUACCUACAACCAUUUCUAAAUUUUUUGUUGUCAUCCGCCGUCGAAGUAUAUAGCACCAAAACUUAACACACUCAUUCAUUCAUCCAUGGCAAACCUGCUUUUUUUUGGCAAAGAGGGAAUAUCUGUCGCUGUAAUAUAUUCAAUUUGAACGUAAUUUCAAUUGGGAAUAACUUGAACUGCCAUCUUUACCAACGAUUCGGUUGUGCUGUUUGCAGAAAAUACAACUCUAAAAGGCUACGUUGAAGGCACUUUACAACACUGAAAUUUGACAUUAUUUUUGUACAUUGACAGCAGCUGCAGCAGCAGUAGUCCGUCCUAUUAGCCGUCAGUUUAUAUUUGUCAAUUCGUGCUACUGUGAAAAAAGGUCAAUCGGUACCAAUAAUAUUCCCAAAAUUCAACAAAAAUGUAAAUGCUUAUAGAAAAGAAUAGCUUCAACAGAAAAAUAAAUAUUUAGUGGUUGUUUGGUCCAAACGCGAAUAUACAAGCGGUGUUUUGUUCUGUUUUACGGUUAAAAUUUGCUGCUACUCGAACAGCUGUCGAGAUAUUUCAGUGCCGUGUGUCGUCGUGUGAUUUCAAUUUAUGUGGUUUGGUGUGUCCCGUCGUUGUCGAAGAAGUUGUGUUUAUUUUUGGAUAAAGCCUAGCAAUACUCUGCGAUAUAUAUACAUAUAUAUCUAUACGCACCGUGCACUAUUUACAAGCUAUAGGGCAACAAAUUAAUAUUGUUGUUCGAGCUAUUGCUGCUUAUGUUGUUAUUGAUAACUUUUCGUGCAGUAUUCUUUCUUUCUAAGCGCUAGAGCUUUUGUGCAAGUGUAUCAAUAGCUCACCCCCAUCGCGGCAAACAUAAUUCGAAAAUUUAUCUUCUCUUGGUCGAGUGAGCCCCGUCUUCUAUUAGGUACGGUAACGGCAUCGUGGUGGAUAACUUCUACCUGAGAAUGGAUCCUUCGCGCGGUGAUUCGCGCUAUAAUCUAAACUACUCAAUGAGUAGUAUUGGACUCUCAUUGGCGGAUCAGGCAGACAUGUACGGCAAUCCAGCCGCAGUGGCAGCUUUGGGUCGACCGCCCAGCGCUGGUUUAUUACAGAGCAUGGGCGCUGGAGGCGGUGUGGGCCUUGCAUCACGUUCGGCUGGCAGUUUAAUGUCUAAUCCUUCUCAGUGCCAAUCUUUGAGCAACAAUUCUGGAAGUCAUGGUUCGGGUCAGCAGCGUGGCAUCAAACGAUCUGGCUCCGAUUGUUACGAUGACACCCAUCACCGUGUACCGAGUUCCGGCGGUAGUGCGUUAUCAAAUAUUCAAGGUCUCGACAAUUGCGGAGGAGCCAGUAGCAAUGUGUCACACGGGGGUGGUGCUGCUGGCAAUCAGCAACCACACUCCAGUGGUGCUGGAGGCAAUGUUGCUGAUGUGAUUGACGAUAACUACAAUUCGUUGCAAAGUAAAAAAUCACCUCCAGCGAAUGGGAAAAAGACCAAAGGACGUGUCAAAAUCAAAAUGGAAUAUAUCGAUAAUAAAUUGAGACGCUACACCACAUUCUCCAAACGUAAAACGGGUAUCAUGAAAAAGGCAUACGAACUAUCAACAUUAACUGGAACACAAGUCAUGCUUUUAGUUGCUUCCGAAACUGGUCAUGUAUACACUUUUGCAACGCGCAAACUACAACCGAUGAUAACAUCAGAAGCUGGUAAGCAGCUCAUACAAACAUGCCUCAAUUCUCCAGAUCCGCCUAGUGUUGGUGGUGGUGAUCAACGUAUGUCAGCGACGGGCUUCGAAGAAACCGAACUCAGUUACAACAUAGCUGAUGAGGACUCAAAAGUAAGACAAUUAAUUUAUGGUCAUCAUGGUCACGCUCAUCUCGGUCAUCCCCAAGCUCCUGCUUCGCAUUAUGGUCUUGACCAAAGUCUAAUGCAGUCACCCUACAGCGGUGGUCAACCAUCCCCCCUAUCCCAUUCGCAGGCAUAUGCUCAUGGGCAUGCUCAUCAUUCACAUGUUUCUCAUGUGCCUCAUUCAACACACUCCCAUAUGUCUCACACGCACCCACAGCGGUAGGGUUAGCAAUUGUGGUUUUAUCUACGUGAAUUUACAAUUUUAUCUUUUAAGUGAAAAAAAAAAUUCCUAACACUUUUAUUAAGUUUUAACAAAUGACAUAUACAUAUAGGAUUUACAUAUAUGUAUGUAUGUAUGUAUAUCUCUAUGUACUUCCCACAGAGGACAGCACUAUAUAUGCCAUUUCCGUUCUUGGGACAAACAAAAUUGAAAAACAAAACAAAAACAUGUUGCAUGUACAACAUGUACUGACCCAUAUCUGUCCUUUUGUUGUAUAUAAAUGUACAUGCUCCAUCUGAACCAUUCAAUGCAGUACUUGGAGAUGUAUUAUAUUAUGCUUUCAUGACGUAAAGGGGAAUAAUAAACAUGUUUGAUCCUUGUCCCAGCCCUAGAGCGAAUAAGCAAGCAUCUUACACUUAUACUAAUCAAUAUACUUAAUUAUAUAGCUUAUUAAAAAUAAUCAUAAUUAAAUAGAAGACACUCAGUUGAGUUUAUUGUGUCAUUCCGAUGAUGGACUAACAAAUGUUCUCCGGUUCAACCAGUACAAGUCAUACUAGUCAUUUUUGGAUGCUAUUUUUGCUCAUGCAGCCUGCCAUCCAGUCCACACCAUCGCAAGUAUAAAAUGUUUGGUUUUUUUAAAAAUUUAAAUCAGAAGGAACUGACCGACAUACUUAUUGAAUACUUAGUACGCGUAAACUGUUAUUUCAAAUAACUUGUGCCAUAUUUUAGAGAAAAACUAAUGAAAUGCAAACAGACAUAUUUAUACAUAUCUAAUAAGCAUGAAAACAAUAUACUACUUAAACGAUGUGCCAUUUAGAAACAGGAAUCCUCGAGAAAAAAUAGCUUUGUUCGUUUUGUGCCAUUUUGCAGGAUACUGCUUUAACCCUUCUCUACAUCAGCCAGUUUCAAAAAUACUCAUUAUUCCGCGACCAGCUAUCCUAAGUUAGUUCAUAGUGCCAUUUACAACUUAUAAUCAAUAAUUAAAUGUAAAUACGCAAUGCCUAUUGGUAUGCAAAAAGAAAGUGCAAUAUCUUGGUAUUAAUUUUAUAUCCCUACACACAUAUGUGAAUAUGAAUGAAUGUCCCACAUCGAUUCGUAUAAAUUUAAACAAAAUGUUAGUAUACAUUGAAAUGACUUAUUAUUUUUUUUUUAUUAUUAAUAAAACGAUAAGAAAGCCGCUUUGAGAGAUCGAUGAGCUUGAUCCCAUGUAACCCAGCUUCAGUCUACUCGAACGCAUGUACAUUGCCAGUGGUUUCUUGUUGGAUAAACUUUGCAUUGGACAAGCAGAGAUAAGUACAAAAAUACCCAUCAUUGCAGAUCGAUCUUUAAGUAUAAUUCCAAAAUUGUUUCGUCUACGAUAUCUUUCAAAAUCAAUGAUUACCAAAGAUUUUGUCCAAAAAGUCGCUUAUGCAUAUUCGGGUACUCUUCGAGCCUUCAAACCAUCACACAUAUUUAUUACUACCUUCCCUUACUACACGAUCCAUACAUGCAUGCAUGCUCGAUGUUACGCUAUUUUAUUUUGUUAAGUAGAGUUUUUCCUUUGUUUAGUUGUAAAUGUGUUUAAGUGCUAUUCCUCCACUAUCUAUUUCAAUAUAUGGUAGCUCAAGUAUGGCAGCAGUGUCUCUUUACUGCAAACAUUUUUGUGGUGCGUAUAAUUUAUUAAAUAGAAAUAACCAGCGUAAAUCAUAAAUCUUUUUUACGAUUUUUUGUGAUAAACACACGGACAGAUACUCGCUCGCAUUGCGUAAAUCCAAUUAACGUUAAACUAUAAAAGAGCCUUUUCGCAAAGCACUGGUAAUGUUGAUGGGUUAUCGAUCGUUGGCAUUUAUUUAAAUACAUAUAUUGCAAUUAGCAUUAAAAUUUCCCUAAAGCAAAAAUGUUUGUAGUUUUGGUCAUAUUGCUCACAUCACAUCCCCAUGUUGCACAAAAUAUUUUGAAUAAUAAAAGACGUUGCAAAUAUUCUUCAAGAAUCUGGUAACAAACAAAAUUUUAAAGGGCAUAUUGAAACAAUAUUUAACCGUUGUCUACACUAGGCAUGCGCUCGUAUUUUUGUGCAUGGAUUGAAUCUUAAGAAUUUAAAUACAAAACUUAUCAGAUUACAUCAUUUAAUGAGAUCAAGGUUCUGUCAAACAGAAUCCACACUUACAUAUUAACAUAUAAUAAAACAAGAGUUUAGUCAUAAGAUAAAUGUAUAUUUAUUGAAUAAUUAAAAGU